CCAUCAAACCACACAGCGGCUGUUUACCAACUCACAGGCAGAGUCGAAACGCGAAAACAAGAGCUCGUCUGGAGGGCAGUGUGGCUGGAUUCAUCACAGGCUCUUUCAUAAAAACAGACAUUUCGGUUCUUCAUGAAUAAUUGCUCAUCUUAACUCUCCAACAUCGACAAAUUAAACAAAAUGUUCCGACUGGUUCACGUUUUGUUUUUGUUUGGCUCUGUGUCGAUGGGCUGUGCAUUUGUUGUUAAAGAAUGCAUAACAUCCGAUGGAAAAGACUACAGAGGAAGACAACAGUAUUCAUUCACAGGGAAGAUCUGCCUUAACUGGAACAAGAUCAAUCUCACGUUUAAAGACUUAGAUACAGGUGUCGGUGACCACAAUUUCUGCCGCAACCCAGAUGGCUCAGAGAAGCCCUGGUGCUAUGUGUCGGAGUUUAAUGGAGUAGGCCAAAAAGAAGCAUGUGACGUCACAAUAUGCCAAGGGCAAAACUCCACAGAAGCCACGGCUACAGAGGAGUCUGUUCCCACUCCAGCCCCUAGUCAAAGGAUGGAGGAGACCUUUGAACCCGCAAACCCCUUUCCCUCGCCGGUGGAGGGUGCGGCAGUGCAGCCAGUCAAGGGAGUCCAACAACAAGUCAGAACAGGACCAAAGACCAAAAAAGACCUUGGGACUAUUGGUUAUGUCCUCGCUGUUCUCAUGAUGGCCAUCAUCAUUCUUCUCGGAGGUGGGAUCACAGUGGGGUACUUCUACAAACGGGGUCUUGAUCUUAAGAAACAUCACGACCAGCGCGUUUACGAGCGAGAGAUGCAUCGCAUCACUCUCCCUCUCUCCGCCUUCGCCAACCCCACAUGCGAGCUGGUGGAUGAGAACACCAUCGUCAUCACGGCUGAAUCCAACAACCAGACCCCCAUGCAGGAGCUCGCGGAGGGGAGAGACCCACUUAUGGGUCCAGCAGCAGGGACCCCCGGAGCAUGAGAGAGGAAGUGAAUGAUCGCCUGGACAGGCUUUGUUAAGACACUUCUAUGCAGGACUGCAGAAUCUCAGAGGAUCAAACCUCAUGUCCACUUUCUGUUUCUAAGCUCUAUUUCUUUGCCCUGCCUUUACAGCCUGGUUUCUUAGUAGGUAGGGCAUAUUCCUCUCGAGGGAGCCGUGGAAUGAUUUUAUCCCUGGAUAGUGUCCUCAUUUCCUCAAUGGAACUGUUGGGGAAAGUAGGAUGCUUGGAUGAAUUGGACAGAGCGUGAAAAGGUGGUUUUGUGUAAAUGUGCAUGUCAGGGACAUGAGAAUAAAACAGAGAAUAAAAUGCAAGUUUUAAGUGCAUUAAAGUUUUCAUCUUUAUCACAGAGCAUGAAUACUGAAUAUGACAGGGCAAAGGUCCUGUUCACUACUAUGUAUCAGAUCAUCUGCCGAUAUGCUUUUUAAAAGAGGAGACAAUCCAUUCUUUCCCUCCUUUUGUCAAUGCAAUUGAGAUGGACAGAAUAGUGUUACUGAACAUGAAAUUAUGUACUGAUGCUGUAGAACCGCUCUUACUAUAUGUCGAGCUGUGCAUUGAUAAGCAGUCGUUGUUGUUUCCUUUAAAAGCACUUUCUCAGAGUUGCAUAUGCUAGGAGAAGAUUUUUGGCUUUUGAGAGUAGGUCGAAACUUACAUUUCCAGCUAUAUUGUCUCGGUCAAUCACAUUUUAAUGUAUCAUCGCUUCUGUGGUUCGUAUGAAGUGUGUUGAGAAGUGAAUGAGAUCUCAGUUGACCAAUCAGAAGAGGUCUGUCAUGGGGCCUUUGGGUAAAUGUUGUAUGUUCCUCUGUCCUAUUAAGACCUCUGUGUAUGGUCUGGAAUAAUGUUCUCCAGGACGGAGUGCAAGAGGUGUUGAGAAAAGAGAUAUUUUAACACCCAAUUAAAAGUUUUUUUUCCCCAUUUUGGGUGGAAUGUAGUUUAUGCAUUUAAUGUCAAGGAACAGUUUGAAAAUCGUUGUAUAUUUAGAUUUUUAGUUUCUUAUAUGCAUUUUUUUCCGUUGAUUACAUUGGACUGUACUAUUGUUACUGCUCAUGUUUCCAAAACUUGCAUUAUGUUUGGCAGAUUUAACUGCUGUGAAAUAAAACCUGUUGUUUGAAAAUUGUUGUUGCCCUUGACA